GGACCAAAGUGACGUAACUUCACGCAUGCGUGGACCAAUCGUGUAAGAGGAAAAAACAAGAUGGCGUUUCAUGAUGAAGACGUUCGUGUGUCUAUAAUAGUUUUGUGUUCUUAAUCAGUGCGUACGUGUACACAAAAAUGUUGUUUCAUAGAGAAAACGUCGUUAAUAUUUGUUUCUGUGCGAUACAUUGGUCAAAGUGCACUUUGACGCUUUUCCUGCGAGUUUAGCUUGUUACUUAAUUAGCUUAGCAUGUUAGCUGCUAACACGUCACUUAGCAGAGAUCAAGUGUGAGUGUGAAGUGUUGUGAUUGUGUCAAACUGUGCGAAAGAACGUACGAAGAGGACCUUUCUUCAACAAAAGAGAAUAAACGGGACAAGCGGUAGAAAUGGAUGGAUGGAUGGAUCAACUACUGGACGCUGUUUUCAAGAAACAUCAGGUUUCUUGAAAACACAGAACAGGGUGUAUUCACCUGACGUCACGUCCGGCUCAUAUAACUAUGUGAGCCUAGAAGUCUUCAACAAAAGAGAAGAACGAGCAACGACAUCAACUACUGGACGCUGUUUUCAAGAAACAUCAAGUUGUGUUACACAAAGCAGACGUCCAGCAGCCUCCUCAAAUAAAAGAGGAAGUGGAGGAACUGUGGGUCACUCAGGAGGAGGCUGAUCUCACCAUGUUUCCACUGACUGUUGUCUCUGUGAAGACUGAAGACCGUGAAGACAAACCACCUGAGUCCUCACGGCUUCAGCACAGUCCAAACGUCUGUGAAGAACAUCUUCCCGAGCAGCAGGAGUGGUCCCUUAGGAUGAAGCAAGAGGAGCCACAGCAAACCCACUUUAAGGGGGAAGAUGAGGACCCUCAGCCCUCACAAAUUAAAGAGGAAGAAGAAGACCCACAGGCCCUUCAUUUUAAAGAGGAAAAUGAGGAGCCACAACCCCCUAUGUUAAAAAAGAAGAUGAUAAGCAACAAUCUCCUGCCCCACAUUAAAGAGGAAGAGGAGGAACACAGCAUCAGUCAGGAGGGACAUUAUCUUGAAGGACUGGAGGAGGUUGACGUCACCAAGGUGCCAUUGACUGUUGUGAUUGUGAAGAGAGAAGAUGAUGAGGUCAAAGGUGAAAGUGAGGAGAGGAGAGAGGUGGAUUUUCCAAGCAGCAGCUCAACUCAACACGUGACAACAGAAGCUGACGGAGACCACUGUGACAAGCUUUUAGCUCCACUCUCAGAUAGUGACGACACAACGUCACACUCUACUGACUCUGACGAUGAAGACUCUGAUGCCGAUGAGACAUGUCACACUGACAACACACGCUUUAAAUGUUCUCACUGUGACAAAACCUUUAAUUACCGGUGCAAUCUGAACUCACACGUGAGAAUACACACUGGAGAAAAACCAUUCAUGUGCUCCGUUUGUAAUAAAAGAUUCUCCCGGAAGGAUUAUUUGAUAACACACACCAGUAUGCACACAGACGAAAAACCCCUUGUAUGUUCAGUCUGCGGUAAAGGUUUUGUGCAAAUUCGUAAUCUGAAAGUACACAUGAGAACACACACUGGAGAAAAACCUUUUAUGUGUUCCGUCUGCGGUAAAUGUUUUUCUCAAAAUUGUGAUUUGAAAAGACACAUGAACUCACACACGGGAGACAAACCGUUCGUGUGUUCAAUUUGUAGUAAAAGGUUCACCCAGAAAAGAAGCUUGAUUAAGCACACAAGAGUACACACUGGUGAAAAACGUUUUGUGUGUUCAGUCUGUGACAAAUGUUUUAUACAAAAUGGGGAUUUGAAAAGACACAUGAGAAUACACACUGGGGAGAAAAUGGUGAGUUGCAGUGUGUGUAAGGAAAGAUUCGCUUAUAAGUACCAGUGUGACAAACACAAGUGUGCUGGUGAGACAGCAGCAGCAAAUGAAGCUGCAGAAUUAAAAAAAACAACAUCACACAUAUAACAAGUGUGACAUAAUUGUAUUGCGCGUAACACAAUCUUGUUAAUAUGCUUUUACCAUUUAUAGAUUAGAUUUUUAGGAUUAGUGGUAUUAUUAUUAAUAUACAACAUUGUGUACAUAUAUUAGUAAACAAUUGUCUAUUUUAUGUACCCUUGUUUCAUGUUUUUUUUUAAUAAAAACAGAACAAAUAAA